AUGCUGAAAACGGUGCUUUUGGCGUUGCUGCUCGGCGCGGUGGCCCUGGCCGAGUUGUCGGAGGAUUCGGGCAUUGACGAGAUGGCCUCUGAUUCGACAGUCGAUGAACUACCGACGAAAACUUCCCAAAAGAAACCAAACUUCUUCCCGAUGCCACCGUUUCUAAAGCACUGCACCCUGAAGGCCCGUGGGGAAUAUAUUGCUAUUGUUAUGGACUACUCGCUCACGCGCACCCAGCUCUACAAAAAGCUAGAGCAAUGGAAAGAGGCGCAGCCGAAAAAGAUUCAGAAAGAAGUAGACCAAUUCAACGCGUUCAUGAAGCGCCACAUGCAGGAUGUGAGGAAAAACGCGACGCACAGUCUUGAGGAAUUUCCCCAGGUCCUGAAAAGCAUCGACGAGAUUGUCCGGAAGCCCAAUGUGCCUAGGAUUGACAUCGCCAAGAAGGUGUAUCAAAUCCUGAAGGGCACCGAUCGUCAGACUGCUGAGCUGACCGUCGCCUUUAUGCGCAUUUUCACCGGACAUCGCCGUUGCCCUCAUGAUCACCUGGUCAAAUACAACUCGAAAGAAAUCGAGCUGAUCCUGAAGGGAUAUGAAUAUAAGACCGGGACCCUGGAGGAGGACCUUGAAGGCAUCUUC